AUGCAGACACCCGCUCCUGCAGGCCGCGACGGCUCCGAGUCCGAGUCUGAAUCCAUGCACACGGCGCGGUCCCGCGCCGACAGCGAGGCGCGCCGCGACCCCUCUCGCACUGGCAUCGAGGCAGAUACGACAGCCAAGAGCGAUGGGUAUGAAGUCGUCGACGUCAACGACUCAGAGGAAGAUGCAGGGCGCGAUGACCAGAGCACGCCCAAGCCUGAGCAGGCUGCGCGACCAAAGCUGCCCAGGUUGAACUCCCAGUCGAGAGCCUCGUCGUCAUUCGUCGGGAGCGAGACAGAUACGCAAGAUCAUGCUGAAGCCUCAAGGCCGCAGCCUGAACAGCAACCAAGCCGCCCAGCUCAGCCAGACGUAGCCUCUGCGUCUCAGCAAAGGUCGUCUCAAGGAGGCGCACAGAACAAUACCCGCCCGAAGGCAACAUCACAGGACCACAGCCAAUCGCAAAGUACCUCUCAGGCCAGUCAGGACGAAGGAGGCCCAUCCCACAUCAACACAUCCCGCGAAAUCCCGAUCCCUAUUCGCAAACAGGAGGCCAGGCGUCACUCCAUCACUACAGACGAAGAUGACGAUGAUGAUGCCUCGUCAGUGUCGUCGUCCUCAACAGAGAGCAUUGGCAACCGCGCCCAUUACUACGACCAUCACCAGCCUCCCCAGCACUCGCCAACACCGGUGACGCGCUCCACACUCAAGAACAAGUCAGACGACGAUGAGAAUCCGACGAUUCAGAUCCCCAAAGUCACGCCCCUUGCCUCAGGCCUCACGCUGCCGCCCAACUUGGCUGAGCUGGCCGAAAAUCUCGAAGACAAAUAUAUCGACGAAUUCGGCAACGUACUCGAAUGGGACGGCCGCGUUCUAGGCCGCGUUGAGGGCGACCUCCCUUCCAUGAUCGGCAGGCCCGUGUCGGCGACGGGGGAGGUCAUAUCGGCCGAGGGCCAGGUUGUAGGCUACGUGGCCGAGAACGAUACAAUUGCGCCGCGGCCGCCGUCGCCAAAGCCCAUCCACGGCAUGGGCGAAGGGAUGAAGCUUGACCACAUGGGGAACAUACUCAAUAGGCAUAACAAGAUUGUGGGACACUUGAACGCGGAGGAGCUGGUCGACGCGCCGGAGCCGAUCCGGAGGGCGCGCAAUGGCGGUGGCGGUGGCAGCGGCGGCGGAAGUGGCGGAGGUGGCUGUGGCUGCAACUGUGGUCACGGCCGAGCGAAGCCUUCGGCGGCGCCGAGUCCGUCGGAGAUCUACCUCGAUGUCAAGUCGACGAACGACGGCGUGCAGCUGAUCAUCAAGAUUCCGACUGUGUUUAAUGGCGGGGGCACGCCAAACAUUCAUAUUGGUACGAGUUCGUGA